UCAACUCUGGUCGGUGAUACGAAAUGCUUCUUGUGAAAUGGACACAAAAUCCGCUGCGGAGACAAAUCAGCCGAUAUACGUCACAUCACCGAUUCGACCUGCGGGGCACCAACUAUGACACCGAUUAUCUCCUCAACCGAGAAAAUGUGUUCGCAAUCGAGGCCAACAUAAGACAACGCAAAGGUGUCGGUGACAUACGGUUGAUACACGAAUUGAACGAACAACUUCACAUGGUUGAUAAUUCGCAGGCGGAGCAUCACUUACUAGCCGGGCGACUACAGAGUGAAAUGGAGAAAAUUCCCAAUCGCACCCACCCGGACGUAGUAUCGUACGGCAAUGUACCGAGAUUGAUGAAGCGGUACAACGAACCUUGCGAUACUGAUGGUCGAAAGUACUAUGAAUUUGGGGAUAUGUGCAAGAAGAUGAACUACUACAGAAUGGAGAAUCUGGGCAACUUCACCGGCCAUCGUUCUUAUUAUCUGACGGAUGAGCUGGCCGAACUCGAGCACGCUUUGAUUGGUUACACGAUCCAACGCUUAUUGAAGCAAAAUUUCCGCCUCAUAUCAGUGCCUGAUAUUCUUCCGGCAGGCAUCAUUGAGAGCUGCGGCAUGAACACCAGUGGUGAUCGCAAUCAAGUCUACAAACUGAAGCAUGAGCGAAAAAUGCCUUGCUUGUCCGGCACGUCGGAAAUGGCUCUGGCUGGCUACUUCGCUGGGCAGCUGUUGCGAACGAAGGAACUGCCGCUCCGACUGGUGGCCGUCAGUCGCUGCUUCCGGGCAGAAUCCUCAGCUCUGCACGAGGAGAAGGGCAUCUAUCGGGUGCACCAGUUCACGAAGGUAGAAAUGUUUGCCAUAUGUGCACCUAAUCAGUCGGCUUCGAUGUUGGACGAGUUUCAGGAGCUUGAGGUUAGUCUUUUCGAUGAGUUAGGACUUCCGUUCAUUCUACUUGAUAUGCCUGCGUGCGAACUAGGAGCUCCGGCCUACCGGAAGUACGAUAUCGAAGCGUGGAUGCCAGGCCGUGCGAUGUACGGUGAGAUAUCCAGUUGUAGCGAUUGUACCGACUUUCAGUCACGUCGCCUCGGAAUUCGAGUUGAACCGCCGCUACAAUUCGCACACACGGUUAACGGAACGGCAUGUGCUGUUCCACGGAUGUUGAUUGCACUAUUAGAGAACUUUCAGAACGAGGACCACACAGUGUCCGUACCGGUGCCUCUCAGAAAAUACAUUAGUGGAAAGCAGCGUCUCUGUCGACGGAAGGUUCUACCUGAGCUGAAGCUUACCAAGCGGCUCCAGCAGGAAGGUGUUUUUGCAUUUACAAACUAGUAAACUGUGAUAAAUACGGCUCAGUACAAAAGAGAGCUGACGGACGGUUGCUCCCCCUUGAAAUAACAUAACUUUAUGGCAUUCCCAAUUUUUAAGCAAAAAUGGAAUGUAAAAAUGUUAUCAAGACUGUUAAUGUCAUUUUCUUGUUCUUAAUUCAAUUGAAUGAGAUUUUUUGUACUCUCAUGAUUGCAGAUAACAUACGCAUUUGCAUCAUAU